AUGCCUUCUCCUCCCCACCCAUUGCAUCGCAGCCCUUCCCGGCCUACCACCCUUCAUCUCGCCACUCAUGGCAGCAAGACUUUCGUCCCAGAACCACAAUCCAUGUCUGCUGGUCCUAAAACAUCCUCGAAGCCAUCUCACGACUCAUUCCUUGGCGACGACUUGGAGGACCAUCCCGAGGACCACUUCCUGUCGCCCAUGUACGAGUACGAGGACUGGGCGUCCGAUGGCGAGGACGACGAUGAGGUAGAGUGGGACGCUGGCAUCACAGACUUCGCACUAUUCAACAAUGAUCGGCAACGUGCUCAGCAGACCGACGAGCAGCUUGAUCAGAGAUGGGACGCCUUCAUGCUGCGGCAAGAUUAUGCACUGCGGCGAUCUAUCCAGCGAAGCCAUUCCGAGGCCGAGGUUGAUACUACGCGACCACCUCUACCAUUCGAUGAGGUACCUGGCCUCACCCCGGACAGCUCACCUCACUUGCGGGACGAUUUGGAUGUGGAGUCCUUUCAUGGCCACGACCAGGCCAGGCCAAGCGUGCCAAAUUAUCUUACGGUGACAGUCACGCCUCCUUCGCCAGUACAGCAACUCUUCGAGGACGACGAUGACCUGCCGCUAUCCUUUGCUCUGCAUCACUCACAGCCUAGUAGGCCUGCUCGACGGAAACUGGAGCGUCCAGGUCUUCGCCAUGCGCGGACGAUGUCAGGAAAGCUACAUUCGUGGCGGAAGCCAGGCUGGAACAUGUACUCGCUUGGCGAGGAGCCCGAGGCAGAGAAGAAGGCUGAGCAAGGGAGUGAUAGCAGACCAGAUGAUGUGUCGGCAGUGCGAGGGCGGAGAGGCUGUGAUGCCCGAGACUAA